AUGGGUCCUUCCGACGCUUCGAGGAAUCGCGUCCUUCAGUGCUUGGCACUUUCAGAUACGGUUCAUGCCAUGAAUGCAGCCAUACAUUUAAUAAGUGCUGCCCGAAAUUUUUAUUAGUUUUCUAAGAGAAAUCUUGCAGUGAAUGGCUUGGCAGACCCUGUGGAGUGCGAUGCGCAAGGGACUUCUCCAUUAACACUGGCGCUGGCGACCGAAAACUUGCCCAUGAGUCAACUUCUCAUGGCUUUUGGUGCUGAUCCGAAGGCCAGGGACGUUUCGGGCGUUGUUCCGCAACACGUCGCACAGGGCCGUUGUAAAAGGUUUUCUGAGCACAAUUUGGUUCGCAGAAAAUUUUUUCGAGUCAAAAGAAUAUUGAAUAGAAAAAAUCGGCUUCACAGGGAAGCUCAUUUUUAAUUUUUUUUUUCUUUUAAUAAUUUUUUUAAAAACUGACGAUUUUCCGUUCUUUUAUUUUUCCAAAAGGAUAUUAUCAAAAUUCACUACAGGUUCCUCGAAGUCGUCGACGGAUUGAACGCGAAAUCCCGUCGCUUGGUUUUCAUUAUAAUCGAUUCACUCUACGCAUGCUCAGUAAGUCAGAAAAAGAAAAUUUCACUGAGUUUGAGUUUUCAAAGCAGCAAAAGUGAAGAAAAUUCAUGAUUUUUUUAAAAAUAAGUUUCUCUGUUGCUUAUGAAAUUUUUAAUUUGUUGAAGGAAGAAAGUUGAAAAUUUGUCGAAAAAAAGGAUUCAUAAAUCUUAGAGUUUGUCGAAUACGUUGGCUUUCUCUUUUUAGGGAAAAAAAUUUUUUUUAGGAUGAUGAUGAGGAAGAAGAGCCAAAAAGUAGGUAGACGGAGAACUCGAUCUGAAAGUGAUUUUCGCCCAGUCCUUCCAGAUGAAAAGGAAAAUCGCUGUUUUAGUGGUUUGUUUCAAAUUCCCUCUAUCAAAACUCGAAUAAAAAGGCUUUUGAAGUCGAAUAAUAUAUUUUAGGGUUGCCAAACACUUCUUCUUUCCAGUUCGACAGCGAUCUUUGUAAACAAUUUUGAUAAUUUUAUAAAAUUUGAUUUCUAAAUUAUAGCUUUUUGUAACUCCGAAUGCUCUCCAGAUGUCUUCUCGACGCCAGUGAAGAAAUUUGACAGAUCAGGUUCGAUUCGAUAGUUUUUUAUAUCUUGAAAUCUGUUUCAGUAGGCGAAACAAUGAAAAAGUGGAGUUUGGAGCUUCGUCAUCCUCUCUUGGAAAAGAAAAUUGAGGAACCCUUUUCUUCAAUGGAAGAAUUAACCGAUGUUUCAGAAAAACUUGGUGAGCUUAUAAUAAAAAGUUUGAAAAGUUAGGCGAAAUUUUUUUGAAAAAGCCUUUUCAAAGGUUUCACUAUAGGCGAAGAGAAGCAAAAAAAUUAAAAAUUUUUUUAAGAAAUUUAAAAAUUUGAAAAAAACUGUGUUUCAGCUUAUUUAAAGUUUCCAGGUCACUGUUUCUUUUUUUUUGAUUUUUACGCUAAAAAACUUCGAAACGCGACUGUAGAGGGAGCGUAAAAAAACGGUUGAAAUUCAAUCUGGUUUUUUAUACAGUCCUUCUAAGCAAGGUGGUAAGCGAAGUUUCACAAAACUUUCAUAUUCGCAUAGCCCUUUUUUGAGUUGGAGAUGGUUAUACCGUCAAAAUGAUCCUGUGGAACUCAGAUUGAAAGUGAUAAAAAUAACUAAAUUUUGGAGAGUCACAGAUAAUUUUUCAUUUUGCGGAAAUAUCUUCAAACACAGCUUAAAAAGAAAAACGUAUCAGUGCGAAUUUUGCAGACCAAGAUAGAAGGAAACGGAAAAGCGAUAUAUUCAUUGCUGAGUUGGACUCUGAAGCCAGUGUGGAAAGGCCUCCGAAAAGAAUUUCCUCGGUGAUGAACGACAGCGGGAUCUCCAUGGGAGAAGGCAUCGUUCCUGUAGAAGAUGUGGAGCUCCUCGAGAAAUCCGUCGUUGCCAUCGGUCAGAUCGAGAAUGGUCAUCUCCAGUCUCUAGUCUAUUUCAGAGGAAAAUGACGAUUUUGUCGAAGUCGCGCCGAAGAAGACAUGCCUUCAGAAGUGGCUUUCGAAAAAGGCUCCACUAGUCGAAGGUGUUCCUCCUUUGAUAUGUUUACAAUAUUUUCUUUUUUCCAGAAAAGUCCGAGGUCUGUGUUUUACCCGUAGAAGAAACGGAACAAUUGUCGUGUCAAAUCGAAGAUCUCAUUGACGAGAACUCUGCGGAUUCCGACAAGGAGAACGAUCCGACGACCUUGCCCGAAGAGGAGCGCAAAAAACUUGAACUUCGAGAGCUUCAGAAAAUUUGGAAGUUCGAUUAAUCUCUUUCUAGGACGAGCAAAGUCCAAGGGACCUUUCAAAGAUUCGACAGAAUUUUUUUAUAAUCCAAAGAGAAAAUUCUGUCCGUCGCGACUUGACAGUUUUCGAGUGUCUGCGUCUCUCUGUUCCCUCACCGGCGAGGUCAGAGAAACAUGAAAAUAGCACAGAAACAUGAGAGAGUCGCCGAGAGACGAGGAGGGCGCAGAGAAAAAACAGUUUCAAGUCGCGAAAAACGGAUUAUAAGCGCCUUUUUAUCACGUUUUCAAAGGAAAGGAACUUUUCUCGGUUUUUUUUGUAUCCCUUAUUUCGAACUUUUUUUCAAAACUUUCUUAUUUACUCGAAAUCGCGCUUCUUAUUUCAAAAAAGUCCCUUUGUCAGGUCCUUUUGACCUUGCCCGUGACAUCAGCAAAGACUUUUUCUUCCCUUAUAUGAUUUUCCUUUUAUUGAAACUCGCUUUAGUCUGUCGAAUGCUGACCUGAAGCGACAGCUCAUGGUGGCCGGAAUCAAUUCAAAUGACAUCCAAAUAAAUAAAGCGUGAGAUCAAGCUUCUUAAAAUAGUUUUCGUUUCGAACUUUUUUCAGGAAUCGCGACAAUUACGAAAAGCAUCUCUUGAAAAUAUUGGUCCUUGAGGGUCACAAAGUCGUCCAGAACAUUGCUGUGAGUGGAAUUGGCGGAGAAAUUCUGAUUUCGAAAAUAUUUGCUGGAUUUUCGCUUCAAGACCAUCAGGAAGGCUUUUUUCGCUUUUUUGAACAAGCCAGAAAAACAUUUCGAGCUAAUUUCAUACUUGUUUAAAUUGUAGACUUACGAUUGAUUAUCAUGUUUUUUAAAACUUUUUUAGCGUCGAACACAUAAAUUUAUUAUAUUAUUUUUGAAAGGAACGAAACUUUUGGAUGAGUACCAUUUCACGCUUCUGGUUCCCAACUUGGUAAAAGAAAAUUUUCCACAGAAACCAAAAUUUUUUGUGAUUCUUCUGGAUUUAAAUCAAAUGAGAAACAAGAAAACAGCCGGAAAAGUUGUUUAAAAGUUUUUUUUAAAUGGCAUUCAAGUCCAUUAAAGCGAAUCGGUAGUUUCGAACCACCUAUUUUAUAUUUUUUUGAAAAAUCAAAAAUUUUUUUGACAAUAAUGUUUUUUUGCGAACUUUGAAAGGUUAUUCAGAAAAAAUUAUUUCAAAUCUUGGAAGUUUUGAUUAGAAAUCAAACAUUUUUGACUAUUAAAAAAACUAAUAAGUCGUUUUUUUCUCAGGGGAAAAAAAGUACUCGAAACAGCUGGAAGCGACUUUGGAAAUCAUGUCCUCUAUGAAUGCGCCACAGAAAUCUUCGACCUGCAAACCCAAACUCGGCCUUCGUCUUGGCCGCAACACUGAUCAGAAGGUCCUUCUCAACCUAUUUUUUCAAGGAUAUUGAUAAAAUUUCAGCAUUUAAUAGAAAGCUCAAGAAAUCAGAAUUUUUUUUUUUUUUCUUUUCGAAAAACAUAUCUCCGAAAAUUAUUACCCAGCUUUAGGCACUAUAGAUAAUCCUAGACGUUUUAGCUCGAAACUGAUUAAAAAGUUAGUUUAAAAAUGUUUUUUUCAAUUCUUGAAACUCAUUUUGCGCAGGGACUUUGACGUGGAAAUACUUUGAUAAUUUCAAAAAAAGUUUUAAAUUUUUUUAGUUUUUUUCACUGAAAAAUUUAAUGUUGGAUUUGUCUCUCUGCGACUCUUUUGAAUGUAGUUUCACAAUAUUUUUCAAAAUCACCUCAUGCUUGUGACAAUAUUUAUGGCGUUUUCUUCAUUUCCCACCUUUUUGAACCUAUUUUUCGAGGUUCGAGAGAGGUUUUGCCGACGGGCCGGCGAGGCGUUCGUCUAUCUUCUGAUGGACCCGAAAAUCCUGGGUUCUGAUCUUUCGAAAGCAACUUUUCAAAAUUUCAUCGAUUCAAUCUUCUACGUCGGCAAAGGGUGCAAGGUAAAAAGUUCGAUCCGGUUGGGAUGAAGAAUUGGAAUAAUUUAGUAAUUUUUUCGUUGAAUUUCAACGAUUUAGCAUACUUUCUACAUAUAUAUAUAAGAACAUUUCCGUUUUAAUUUUUUUUCGGAACUGUUUUUUUAACGGAAUUCACCUCUUUUGCAUCCAUUGUCUUUUUUGUAUUGUGCUUUUUUCCAAAGGAAAUGUUGAAAAGUUUGUUCGAAAAUUUAAAAAACGCAUAGACCCAAAAAGUCGUGAAAAAUAAACGAGUAAUUCCAAUCUCUCUUUAGGGAUUUCAGUGGAUUCGAAAGAAUUUUGAGCAGAUUUUACAGAGUAUUCAGCUCUUUUUGAGAAUUCGUAAAUAGUUAUCAUUUUCCUAGCAAUAAAAUUAUACUCAAUAAACAAAGAAGAAUACAGAAUCAAUCAAAAAGUGAUAAACUAAAUCAAAAGGAUUUUUUUUCAGCUACGCCCUCUCGCCCAUAUGUGCGAAACGAAGCAACUGCGGGACCAGAAUUCCACAUUACUUGUAAACAAAACAUUAUAUCCUCUAAAAAGCUACGCUUUUUUUUAGAACCAACAAAAAAAGCUGUUAAAGAUCAGCAGCAUUUGGGACGCCGGAAUGGGCGUGGCAAAGAUGGAAAUCGGUGAGAAAAACGACUUGAUAGACUUUUAUAACUUUUUUUCCUUCUGGAAGGAAUAAGAAGGAGUUUUUCAUAGAUGAGAUAAUUAAACGGAUAAGUCUGAAAGAUGUUCGAAAAACGAAUUUUCAAAAAAUGGUUGAUUUUAAGUACUAAGAAAACGAAAAUGUAUAAGAAAAUUGCCUUCAAGGAUUUUGAGUUCAUUAAAAGGACAUGGAAUGACGAACGAAGAGGCGCACAUCCGCGAAUCGGCCCUCAUCGAGGCGAUAAUGCUUCGAAAUCUCACCAACAUCAAGGUUUCUCUUAUUUUCAAUUGAAACUUCUCACAAUGUUCCCAAAAAAACGGCGGAUCAGAUCUGUGGGCGUGGUUAAUUGCAACUGCGGCACGGCUUAUUGCAAAAGGGGCGCAGGAAAAAGAGCCAACUCUUGUGGAUUUAGUGAAUAUGAAAAUAGCAUUCAAUAAUGUUUUUUCUAGGAUUCUGCAAGUUUUUAAAGGAUUUGUAUGAAUUUUGAUCAAUAAUGAACCUAGAGGAAUGAAAAAUAACUUUUGCAAAAGGAGUUAUGUCCCAAAUUUUUUUUUUCCGAGGGAGUUUCUUCUCCGAAUUGUUAUCGGAACCCGCUCAAUUUAUUUUUCAGAAAGGCCACCACUCCAUCACUCGGCGAUAUCGCUACAGCAAAACGGAGCAAGCCGAAUUCGGCUCUUUUAUUUUGUACAAGUCAGCUUUCCAUUUUUCGCCUGAAACUAUGAAACUCUGGAAAUAUGUUUUGUUCAUAUCACUCUGUUAUUUUAGAAUCCUCGGAACGAAAGAAUACGUAACCGUGUUGAAUUUUCAGCGCUCUGAAGGUUCUGAGAGCUCAAGAAGUUCGACUGAUCUACCCCGAAGGACUCGAGAAAAUAAGAUACACCGAGAAAGAGAAAGAAGAAGGGAAAGGUCGGAAAGAGAAGAAGAAGAGCAAGAAGCGGCAGUCGAAGCGAGUUUUGUCCGUGGCCGAGACUUCAGAAGAUGAAGACGACGAUGAUCUUUCGGAAUGCGAAGCCGACGACGACGCCGACUGCGAGUAG